GGAAGUACUGUAGUAGGGUCCAUACCACGAACAGCUACUUUUGUUUUCUGAGCAUUUAAUGGCCCCUAGAGUACUAAAAAGUAGGUCUCGCAUUGCCUGUCUGUCCGUGUCGAUUUUUAUUAGACAGAUUUCCGAAACUACUAGACCGAUUGUCCUCAAAUUUUAUAUCAUAUGCGGGUGCUUUGAGGACGAAAUGUCAGUGGCUUGUAUAAUCAACAUCUUUUUGUUGGCAUGCUCCAUCACUUUCAUGGGCUUAGGUUCUUCAGUUUUCAGAGAGGAAAGUGAAAUAAUUCCAAGAUUCGCAAGUGCUUCAUUAGGCACUUUUGCUAUAGUCACUGGUUUUUGCAUGCUGAUCUUUUCUAUCUGCGGCGUUUGUUUGGACGACGCGUAUAAGAAUACUUAUUAUGUUUCUGUUGCUAUCCUUAUCAUUCUACAAAUCUUAGCUCUAGCGGCUACUAUUCAAAACAAUGUCUACGUUUAUACUGCUGUCAAAACAGUGUUUGAUGAUUAUGUCCACGAUCCGCAAAGCGAGAACAAUAAAAAAAUUGUUGAUUCUGCUCAGCAAGCUUUUGAAUGUUGUGGAGUUGAAGGUCCACAGUACUGGAUUUCUUCUGGUUUCAAGCAGUAUCCCGCUAGUUGUUACAAACUGAGCUCGACUGAUCAAGAAUUAUACGGUCGGGGAUGCGUAUCUAGCAUUCGAGAAAGAAGGAUGCCAAAAUUCAACGCCCUUGGUGGAAUAGCAGCUAUAUCAGUGAUAUUGGAGGGUCUUGAUGUCAUUUAUUUUUACAUCUCAAAGAAGGGCGAUUCUUCAGAAUCGCGAAAAUUACUUGGCUAAUUGUAAACUGAAAUACAUGCAAUGUUCAUUGCAUAAUUCCAUUAAAAACUUGGUUUUAUUUGCAAAGUUUGUACAAUUUCACAACAAUCCGAAUUUUUUAAGGAAACCGGGCGUGGUAAAAAUGUUAAUAGAAAAUAAUCAGCAAACACCGUUGGCAUUGGAUGAUGAAACUUUUCGAAAAUUAAAGCAGGAGUCACUUAAUAAUACUUUGAAUGCACUUAACAUAGAUGAUUUUAAAGAACUUAUGAGCAAUAUCGAUGGAUGGUUAAGAAAAAAAGACGAGAAGAAUUUAACAAAGAAAAGAGUGCAAGAGACGCAGCAAUAUUAUCCCAAACACUAGAGAAAUGAGUGGAUUUUUGUGACAUGGGUUAUUAAUAGGUCCUCAUAGAAUCACCUUUAUAAAUAAUAGGAUGCGAAUUUUAUUUCUACAAUUUAGUAAUUAUAAUUUUUAUUACUGCUACUAUUACUAUGUAUUUUUCUGUUAGGUAAAGAUGAAUUCUGUUGUUGUAUUUUUUGUUG